AAACUCAGAUUGUUGAUUGUGUUAUUGUACAGUUUUGAUGUACAUUCCCCCUCCACACCGUUGACGCCCACCAUCGUCCCCGAGCAGACAUCCGGCGGCGUGAGUCUCAAAUGCAGCUUCUCCAGCGACUCGGACGGUUCCCUGGGUCAUGUGGUAGCCUGGACCCGAGCCUCCCCUCGAGGGGAGCGGGAGGAACUCAAGCGCGAGACCACCGUCCGGACCUGGGCCCUCAUGGAGUUGGAUGGCUUUAACCUCCGACUGGGAGACCGGAUUUACUGCUCUGUCUACAGCUUCUUUUUGGACGCAUUGGAUGUCCGUAGUGCUUCUGUGGAAAGUCGGGAGUUCUUUGCUGGCAUUCGGCUGAAACCCGAGUUGAGCGUCAUAUCCGAUGACAGGAGGCUGUACGAGUUGACGAUCGAGACCACCAUUCCCGUCCCGUGUCUGAGAGAAACGAUGCCAUUAGCCUCGCCUGGUUCGGAAAAUUGCACCAUACCUUUGACCCUCAGCACUCACAGCCAAGGUGAGGCAUCGCCGGGUUCUGUUUCGCUGUCCUCGUAUUUGGUGGAUCUCUCCGGGGGUUCUUGCGGGGACGAAGUAUGCGGCCGGGCCUUGGUCUAUUUUAGUGCCGUCUCUGACUUUGCCGGAGACCGGGAUCGGGCAACUGAUAUAUCCGUCCAGCCACUCGUCAAUAGCAACUUUGUAUGGAAUGCUUACGCGCCGGAACCUGUUCAGGUGUGGGUGCGUCUCUGCAUGUGCGCCAAUGGCGGGCAAUGCGUGAGUGACGCGAAGGGGCCUGCCGGCAACGGCGAGUACGCGUGCGUAUGCCCGGAUGGGUUCAAAGGUCAACGAUGCGAGGUGGACGUGGACGACUGCAAGCCCAAUCCGUGUAGGCUCGGGCGCUGCGUAGAUGCGGCCAAUGCCUUCACCUGUAUUUGUCCGCCAGGGAUGACAGGGGUGACGUGUCGCGAGGAUGUGGACGAGUGCGCGUCGCAUCCGUGCUUCGCUGGCGUAGACUGCACCAACUCGCUGGGUUCCUUCUCUUGUGACGCCUGCCCGCCCGGAUUCGCCGGUAAUGGCGUUGUCUGCACUCCCGCCCGAGCAACAGCGGCCAUGGAGAGAGUGGCGCGGCUCCCCUCCAGGACCCGAGCCCCCCUGACCCCCCCGGCUUUGCCGUGCUCCCCUAGUCCAUGCUACCCCGGUGUUCGCUGCUUCCCGAGCCCGCACGUGGCGGCGGGUUUUGUCUGCGGAGCCUGCCCGCCAGGUGUCCACGUCAAUGGGACCGCUUGCACGCAUAUGGGUAACGUGGCCAGCACCAACAGCCAACCUGAUUACAGCUGGGAAAUGACGCCGACCAACUUCCCCUCAUCUUCAUCAUCAUCAUCAUUAUCAUCAUCCUCCUUCGCACAGAAACGGCACCCCGAAAGAAGCAAGAAACCAGGGCACUGCCCGAUCGGGUACGCGAGCGACGGAGUCGCAUGUAAAGCCGUGUGCAGGUUUCUGUGCGGUAGGAACAUGGAGUGCACGCAGCCCAACACCUGUACAUGCAAGCAGGGAUAUACUGGAUACAACUGUCAUAUAGCCGUGUGCCGUCCAGACUGCAAAAACCAGGGCAAAUGCGUGCGCCCCAACGUGUGCGAGUGCACCCUAGGCUACAGUGGACCCACCUGCCAAGAAGCGAGCUGUGAGCCGCUAUGUCAGCAUGGAGGAACGUGUCUGGCCAGGAAUCUUUGCACCUGCCCGUAUGGCUACGUGGGACCCAGAUGCCAAAUCAUGGUGUGUAAUAGGCACUGCGAAAACGGAGGCGAGUGCGUUUCUCCGGACGUAUGUGAAUGCAAACCAGGCUGGAACGGUCCAACGUGCAACUCUGCUGAGUGCAGUCCGGUGUGUCUGAACGGCGGAACGUGCGUCAAGCCAAACACGUGCGCAUGUCCUGCUGGAUUCUAUGGCUCGCAGUGUCAAAUUGCUGUGUGCAGCCCGCCUUGCAAGAAUGGCGGUCAAUGCAUGAGAAACAACGUCUGUUCGUGUCCUGAAGGCUAUAUGGGGAAACGGUGUCAAACAAGCGUGUGUGAGCCCACAUGUAUGAACAAUGGCAAAUGCGUGGGGGCCAACACGUGCUCAUGUGCGUCUGGAUGGAGAGGAAACAGAUGCCACAUACCUGUGUGUCUGCAAAAAUGUAAAAAUGGCGGCGAGUGUGUGGGGCCCAACACGUGCCACUGUCCCACCGGCUGGGAGGGUCUUCACUGUCAGACACCGGUGUGCAGGCGUCGCUGCCUGAAUGGGGGGCGCUGCGUGCUGCCCGACUACUGUUACUGUCGGAGGGGCUUCAAGGGCCUCACCUGCGAUGUUCAGGUUCCUCAAGCGUGA